GUAGGAAAUCCGUUUGUGGUGGAUUAGCUACAGUAAUCCGACAGCAAUCUGGACGAUACAUUUGAUCACGACUAAAACCCAAACCUAGAGGCCUGGAUCAGAUUAGGUACAGCCAAGAACAAACAGAUGAAAGUAAGACAUGAACUGAGGUGCGGUGUGUAAACCUGAGCAAAGUGGCUAACAGUGAGAUUGGUUGGAAAUCGUUUCCUGGACCGGAGCGGUCUAUUCAUCUGACAGAGAAUUUGACAGCAGUUGGCUAACUAGCUACCUCAGGCUCCGCAGCGCAGGGCAGGGAGACAAGGCUGGAAGAAAGCUGUAAUUUAGUGGUUAAAGUGAUCUUCCCCUCCCCUCCCCCCUCGCCACAUCUAGCUAGCUAAAUUACGUUCCUGCCCAGUUGAUCUGCGCUGCCCCAGUGUGCUAGCCCGCUGCCGGAGAGGACGGCUGCGGAUUCAGAGGUGUUGUUGGAGCUAGCACGGCUAGCUCAUUUCACUAGCUAGCCUGCUAGCUACGCCGAGGAAUUCACACCAUUAGCUAGCUGUUUCCUGCUGGGGCAGAUACACCGAGAUGUCGGUGACGAAAGACCAAAUACCAACCAAACUGUCUACCACGGAGCGGCCCAUUAAAGCGGUGCCCUACCCCCCUGGCUCCAAGCUGACGGUAAAGGACCUGUAUGUAGACGGGAAGCCCAGUGUUGAGGUGCUCAAGACCCAUCUCGUUAAGGAGGGCCGCCUGGAGGAGGAAGCAGCUCUACGCAUCAUCACUGAUGGAGCCAACAUCCUGCGGCAAGAGAAAUGCAUGCUGGAGGUGGAAGCACCUAUAACAGUGUGUGGGGAUGUCCAUGGCCAGUUCUUUGACCUGAUGAAGCUGUUUGAGGUGGGCGGCUCCCCCAGCAGCACCCGCUACCUGUUCCUGGGGGACUACGUGGAUCGAGGAUACUUCAGCAUCGAGUGUGUGUUGUUCCUGUGGACUCUGAAGAUCAACCACCCCACCACUCUGUUCCUACUCAGAGGAAACCAUGAGUGUCGACAUCUUACAGAAUACUUCACCUUUAAACAGGAGUGUAAGAUAAAGUACUCUGAGCGUGUGUAUGAUGCGUGUAUGGAAGCGUUUGACUGCCUUCCCCUGGCUGCACUCCUCAACCAGCAGUUCCUGUGUGUCCACGGAGGCCUGAGCCCCGAAAUCACCUGCCUGGACGACAUACGCAAGCUGGACCGGUUUAAGGAGCCCCCUGCAUUCGGACCCAUGUGUGACCUGCUGUGGUCGGACCCUGGAGAAGACUACGGCUCUGAGAAGUCCCAGGAACACUUUGCCCAUAACUCCGUUAGAGGUUGCUCCUACUUCUACAGUUACCCAGCAGUAUGUGACUUUCUGAUGAACAAUAAUCUGUUGUCAGUAAUAAGAGCACAUGAAGCCCAGGACGCUGGGUAUAGAAUGUACAGGAAAAGCCAGACGACGGGUUUUCCUUCUCUGAUCACGAUCUUCUCUGCUCCGAAUUACCUGGACGUGUACAACAACAAAGCGGCGGUGCUGAAGUAUGAGAACAAUGUGAUGAACAUCCGUCAGUUUAACUGCUCCCCCCACCCCUACUGGCUGCCCAACUUCAUGGACGUCUUCACCUGGUCUCUGCCCUUCGUAGGCGAGAAGGUGACAGAGAUGCUGGUUAACGUGCUGAACAUCUGCUCUGACGACGAGCUCAUGUCUGAAGGAGACGACACCUGCGAGGCUGGAACUUCUGCUGUGAGGAAGGAGGUAAUCAGGAAUAAGAUCCGAGCGAUCGGGAAGAUGGCCCGCGUCUUUUCUGUGCUCAGAGAGGAGAAUGAGAGCGUGUUACAGCUGAAGGGGCUGACCCCCACCGGGGCCUUGCCUGUGGGAGUUCUGUCUGGAGGACGGCAGACCCUGGAGAGCGCUACCGUACAGGCAGAAGAGGCACGAGCCAUCCAAGGGUUCAACCCGCAGCAUAAGAUCCAGUCCUUUGAGGAGGCCCGAGGUCUAGACAGGGUCAAUGAGCGGAUGCCCCCCCGCCAAGACGCUCCUCCCCCUCCCAACAACCUCCCAGCCAGUGGCCCACCCGACAAGAACGGGACCAACACACAGGCCUAGGCACCUGGCUCACCUCCCUCUCUAUCCCUCUCUCACUCUCUGUAUCCCUCUCGCUCUCUGUAUCCCUCCCUCGCUCUCUGUAUCCCUCUCGCUCUCUGUAUCUAUCCCUCUCGCUCUCUGUAUCCAUCCCUCGCUCUCUGUAUCCAUCCCUCGCUCUCUGUAUCCAUCCCUCUCGCUCUGUAUCCAUCCCUCGCUCUCUGUAUCCCUCUCGCUCUCUGUA